AUGGGUGAAGAAAUUUUGAGUAGUGCGGUGGUUGUUAGUGUUAGAGAGUUUGAUCCAAAUAAAGAUAGAGAAAGUGUUGAAGCAGUUGAAAAAAUAUGUGAAGUCGGUCCCAGUGGAAAACUUUCUCUCUUCACAGACUUGCACGGUGACCCUAUUUGCAGGGUCCGCAACUCACCAACUUUCCUUAUGCUGGUUGCUGAAGUAUGCAAUGAGACAGUUGGAAUGAUAAGAGGUUGCAUCAAAACGGUUACCUGUGGGAAGAAGAUCAUAAGACAAACUAAGAACACUAAGAACUCUGAGGCAAAUUCCAAUCAUGUCCCUGUGUUUACAAAACUCGCUUACGUGUUAGGCCUUCGAGUUUCGCCGAAUCACAGAAGAAUGGGGAUAGGGUUAAAGCUGGUACAAAAAAUGGAAGAAUGGUUCAGAGAGAAUGGUGCUGAGUAUUCAUACAUGGCAACGGAAAACGACAACGUUGCAUCAGUUAAACUUUUCACCGACAAAUGCGGUUACUCAAAGUUUCGUACACCGUCAAUUCUCGUGAAUCCCGUUUUUGCGCACCGUGUGAAAACGUCUUCGUCGAAAAUAACCAUUAUUAAGCUAACACCAAACGACGCCGAAUCGAUUUACCGUAACAAAUUCUCCACCACCGAGUUUUUUCCUCGUGACAUUGAUUCUGUUUUGAAAAACAAACUCACUCUCGGAACUUUUCUCGCUGUUCCGUGUGAUGGAAAAUAUGGGCCGGAUAAUUGGGCCGGGCCAGAAGCCUUUUUAAUGGAUCCACCGGGAUCAUGGGCUUUAUUGAGUGUUUGGAAUUGUAAAGACUUGUUUACACUUGAAGUGAAAGGCGCGUCGCGCGUGAGACGCGUGUUGGCUAAAACCACUCGCGUGAUAGACAAGGCUCUUCCGUGGUUACGGUUACCUUCGAUUCCGAAUUUUUUUGAACCGUUUGGGUUUCAUUUAAUGUAUGGAAUUGGUGGGGAAGGACCUGAAGCAUUGAAGAUGGUGAAAUCGUUAUGUGGUUUUGCUCAUAAUCUUGCUAUGGAAAAUGGUUGCAGUGCGGUUGCUACUGAGGUUUCUAGCUGCGAGCCUCUUCGUUUUGCGAUUCCUCAUUGGAAGGCUUUAUCUUGUGAAGAGGAUUUGUGGUGUAUUAAGAGACUUGGUGAAGAUUAUAGCGAUGGUUCUGUUGGUGAUUGGACUAAAUCUCCACCUGGAUUUUCCAUUUUUGUUGAUCCUAGAGAGUUUUAA